AAAAUCAUCAUCUUUUUUAAAUGAUUCUUGACGAUUUUUAGACAGUAUAUCGUUGUUAUUCAUAAAAUCUUGAAAUUUUUCUAAGAAACUUUAAAGUUUAUCAAACUUUAAUAGGAGUUUUCAACUUAUUUUUAGAGGCAUUUCUUGAUAUUUUUUAGAAAAAUUAAAAUUGCUUUUACUAAGUUUCAAAAUUAUAUUAAAACUAUGGGAAAUUCAAAACUAUGGAGAAUCUUCGUAGGUUUUUGGAUCUUCAAGAAUCUCCGGGCUUGCUUGGAAUUUUUCAAGCAUUUUCAAGUUUUUCUUUAGGAGAUUCCUAAACAUUUAUUGAGUUUUUGUGUAUUGUUCUCAGGAUUAUCUCAUUAUCUGUGAGAGACUACGAUGCUUUGAUUUGCUUUCUCAGCGUUUCUAAAAAGCAGGUUUCAAUUAUUUCGGUGCUUCAUUUUUCGUUAUUCAGAGGCUAAUCUUGAAGAUUAUUUUAUUUUAAUUUUACUUGACCUUUCUUCUGGCUUUCAAGAACUUUUUUUCCACUAUUUUGAACUCAGUGAAUUCCAAAACUAAUCAAAAUCUAAUAAAAUCCUAGCUUCCGACUGCGGUUUAUAAAUCAAAGGUUCGUGAUCUGGUAAAUAUCAUACUCAGAAUACAGACUUCUAAAUUUACUCCAUAUAAUUUGCCACCUCAGUGACGAAUCACCUCCCUGCUAGGUAGAUUAUGCUUUCUUCACUCUGCUUUACACUCUAAAAGCGGCGACAACAGUGGAGGAAGAAAAAAUAUGCAACAAUGGAGGAAGAAAAAAUAUGAUGCAAUUUGUUGCAAAAUUUAUCCCGCCGCCGAAGAACCAUGAUUUAUAUACUGUCCGUGUUUAUGUUUGUGUGUAUGUGAUGAGGAUGACGACCGUUGAAGGUUCUGCUGAAACGAUUCCGGGGGUUUACGGUUUUAAUGCACUUUGUUGUUUUUGACAGAAAAAAUAACGAAAUUAUUCUAGGUUAUGCUGAAUUUCGUUUCAGCGUUGCAGCUUAAUUUUCAUUUGGUUGAGGAACAGUAGUAAAUAAGAUGCAAGCAAAUAACAAAACGCAAACACGGAUUAAUAUGGAGAUCUAUGAUCUCAUUCCGGGAAAGGAAGCAGAAAAACACUCUUAUCUUCUGUUGACUAUUUCUCAUCUUCCCUGAAGCGUCGUAUUUACGCAUCCCAUUAUCAAUUCCGUGCAAAGUUUGGUGCUUUAAAAACCGGAAUCUGGCCAAAUUCGGGCACAGUCAGUCGAACAGCACGAAUUGGAUGAAGUUGUUUUCAUUUCUUGAGCUUAAAAAUGUUUUUCAGAGCAAUUCUACUGGUGGCUCUAUUUUCCACCUCAACACGUGGACAGACAGCAGUGGAAAGUUGUAUCGGUUCAAAGUGCAAAACCUACCAGAACGUGAAUACCCUGUGGUGCUACUCGGACCCGGACCACUACUGUCAGUGUCGAGCCGCGGCUGCUGGGCAGCCUUGGAAGGAGCAGGUGAUGCCGUGUGCCGAUGGCACUAAAUUUAGCUUCAAACGGCAGGUUUGCGUUCGGCAGGAACUCUGGGAUAAGUCCGAGUGUCUUUCGACAGGGAUGGGCGGAGCAAACACGGUGGUGGAUAGUCCCUGUACCCAGAACUGCAGCACGUACGCGGACAUCGUUAAACUAAGGUGUCAUCCAAAGAAUGCCAAGGCAUUCUGCCAGUGUCGACCGACGGAUGUUCCGAAAGUUUUCACUCCCGUUAAAAUGCCCUGCGCCAACGGAACAACGUUCAGCUUCCAGCGCCAAACCUGUAUGGCUGAUGCUCUUUGGACCAAUAGUUGUCCGCAGAAAAUUAAAUAAACAGUUUAACUUUGACGCUGAACACAAAUCUAUACUGUGCAGCCUGCCUUUAUUGAAUUUUUGUUACCCUUGACACAAUCUUUCUCGGUUAGCACGAAAACGGUCCCGAAGUUACACGCGAUGUAGCGCGGCGUAUUCCCUCGACACUGACAGUACCCGAAAAGAGUGUCCUUAGCACAAAACUUCUCAUCCGCUUCGAGGCGCAUAUUCUGACAGCUCAAAUAACCACAAAAUUUUUUUUUCGCAUCAGUAGGCGGAGCGCAACUCCCCAGAGGAAUGGUCGCCAUGGUAAUGACUACUGCAAAAGCUGUUGGGAAAAAACGUUUUGAAAAAAAUUAUCGGAUCUUUUAUGAUCACUGUUUUAGACUGUACUUGCGAUUACGAUCAUCUUUAUGAGGUUUUACUAUCUUGUGAAAAUCACUUACGUGGCUAGGUUUAUAUAGACUUAACGGCAUAUUUGCUUAGAUUGUACACAAAUAUUUGAGUAGUUGUUGCGAUCCACAUUUGAUAAACAACACAGCACAGUGGUUUUUCGAUUUUAUAACUGAAAGCAUAUAGAAAGUACAAAACCAUGAUGGCUGUUCUAGUUAAAUUGACAUUUAAAAGUGACAUUCGAUCGACUGUUAUUACAAACUUUUAAUCUAAGUACGCCAUGGGGAACGCACAAAGCGGCUUACAUAACUCGGUCGAUGCAUAAAUUAAUGACAAUUGAAAAACACAGAACAGAGAUGCAUUAGAAUUUAUGACAAGAUAGCCUUACACAGCAACGCACACGCGACGCUACUCGACCGAUGGUUACUUGGAUGCCGUUGGUUACCGUUAUUGUUAGUGUGGAUUUCUAGGCCUACGAGGCUACUGUUCCGAGACUUAUCGAAUCGAUAAACUGUCGAUGUAGAGAGUCUUUGUGUGGGCUUGAAUUUACAGUAAUCACCA